CAGCACCACACAGUGGUAUCACCCCUCCCUAGUUGUUAUAACACCUUCCCAACAUUUCGUCCCUACUAAACUCUUGCCGCAUUUCUCCUGCCAUGAUCCGACUAGCACUGAAGACCUCAACCUGGAACCCGACUGAGACUGAAUGGCUGAGAGCUGCUAAUACCAUCUCUGAAGCUGAGAGAGACAGGAUAUCCCAGUUCAUGUAUAAACGUGAUGCUAAACAGUCCAUGGCAGGGAGACUACUCAUGAGAAACUGUUUCAGUCAACUAUCAGGGGCGUUUCCAGAGUCUUUUGUUCUAUCCCGGGAUACCAGCGGUAAACCCUAUCUUGUGAACCCUCCUGCUACUCUUACUGCUCUUAGUUUCAAUGUUUCUCACGCGGGUGAUUACGCUACUUUUGCUGGCUCUAACUCUGCUAAGGUCGGUGUUGAUGUUAUGAAAGUGGAGCUCAGAAGAAAUACUACAGUUGAACAGUUUUUCGGUCAUAUGAAAAGACAAUUUACAGAUUUUGAGUGGCAAAGGAUCCGUUCUCCCGGCUCGGAUAGAGGGAAACUAUUUAACUUUUACCGGUACUGGUGUUUGAAGGAGAGUUAUGUUAAAGCUAUUGGUACUGGUCUCAAGUUCGGGCUCCUCAAGAUAGAGUUUGAUAUAGGACGAAUGGAGGACGAUAUCUGUAGGACGACUACGGUUGCUAUUGACGGGGUUAUUGAUUCAGACUGGAGGUUCGAGGAGGUGUACCUCGACAAUCACUUUAUAACCAUUGCGGUUCAGGGAGAGGACUCCACGAGGGAACAUGUAGAAGAUAAUGUAAAAGUUGUUAAAUUUGAUGAUUUGAUUGUUAGCAAGGAUAUGUUAGAUGAUGAGAAGUACUUUUUCAGUUUUAAUGAGAAAAAGGAAUGCCCGUAAAUAAACGGAAAAGAUGAAUGUCGUGGUGAAAUAGGAAUUUUGUAAUCAAUGAUAACCAUUUUGAAUAACAUGAACAUUUUAUUUUCUUAUUAUU